AUGAGAGGAGGGUUUUCGAGUUUGUUUGUUGGUUUAGUGGUGGUGGUUUUGGUGGUGGAAAGUGGUGUUGUUUAUGGUGAUUUGAAGGAUGAGAAGUUUUUGCCUAGGGGCCCUCUUUUGGGGAGGAGGAUUGGAAGGUUGAAGCAUGGAAUCGGUGGGGGGUUAGGUGUUGGUGUUGGAAUUGGCAUUGGAGUUGGCGUUGGCGUUGGCGGUGGCGGUGGCGUUGGUGGUGGUGGUGGCGGUGGUCUUGGAGGAGGUGGUGGCCUUGGUGGUGGCCUUGGAGGUGGUGGUGGUGGGGGUUUAGGUGGUGGGAUUGGUCAUGGUGGCGGACUUGGUGGUGGACUUGGUGGGGGUGGUGGUCUUGGAGGAGGUGGUGGCCUUGGAGGUGGUGGUGGUGGGGGUUUAGGUGGUGGGAUUGGUCAUGGUGGUGGACUUGGUGGGGGUGGUGGUCUAGGAGGCGGUGCGGGUGGUGGUCUAGGAGGGGGUUUGGGAGGUGUGGCUGGCGGCGGAUUAGGCCAUGGGGGUGGCAUUGGGCAUGGUGGGGGUCUAGGAGGUGGUGGUGGACUUGGAGGUGGUGCAGGUGGAGGAGGGGGUUUGGGAGGAGGUGGAGGACUUGGUGGUGGCGCGGGUGGAGGAGGGGGUUUAGGAGGGGGUGGAGGACUUGGUGGUGGCGCAGGUGGAGGAUUAGGUCAUGGAGGUGGCAUUGGGCAUGGUGGGGGUCUAGGAGGAGGAGCUGAUUCCGACACAUACAUCAGUUCGACUCCGGAUUCGGACCACUCGGAACCUCAUGCUUAG